AAAGCCGCGAACCCCAUUUUUCGAGUUGUACACACUUUGAACACAAAUUAUCACAAAAUGUCGACAAGUACGAUGCAUUUUGGCCCUGAAUGGAUGCGCACCAAGCAACCAGCACCUCGGAUGCAGGCCGACCCGACUCCACCACCGCCAGCAAGUGCUCCGGCAACAUACGCGUCCACAUAUUCUGCUCUCGUCUCUUCUGCACCACCACCACUCUCCGAUAGCCGUGACGAGGCUCACCCUUUCAGGUAUUCCAAAGAGGUGCUCCUUCAAAUUUUCCGUGAUGGUGGUGGACAGGGUGGUUUGGGCCUGGAAGUCGAGCGCUGGGAAGGCGUCGUUCGUGAAAUAGGAACUGAACCUACAUCCCUACGCGAAAUGGGGGAGGCCGAAAAGAAGCUCUUUUCUGUCUCCUUGAAUUCAGAUUUACGCCGUCGUCAGUCCACCGAUUAUCUUCCUACGUCUUCUGGCCAGAAUUCUGGAGCAGAGCGACCUAGGUUGACUCAUGUAAACUCAGCUACCGGAGCCGCCAGUCCUCUUAGAGAGCGUUUUGGUUCCUUAGCUGGUAGAAGGAGAGGCGAUAGUAUUGGAGAUCAAAUUUCCAUACCUCGCAAGCUCUCCUUGUCCUCUAUGCAGUCGCCAAUGUCCCCUCGCGAUACAGGUCUUCCAUCUCCUCGUCCUUCUCGCAUGGGGGCAGGCUUUGAUGGCGUAUUGAAUGGUGGAGAUUCGUGGGUAGCUCGACGGCGGGCCUCAGAGGGUCUAGCAAAAUCUGGUGGAGGAACGACACGAGAUCCUGGGGGUGAAUAUCAGCCAGAUGGGAGGAGCUCAGAAAUUAAAGAAGAGGACGAGAGCCCUUCCCAAGCCAUGGAUUCUGACCCUCAUCCGGACGGAUUGCAUCCUCAUAGUGCUGGUGAUGAGACUACAGCAGCUGCUGGAACGUCUCGUUCACCAACUCAGAAUCUCGACGCAAGUGUGACUCAGAUGUCUUUGGGAAACGACAACGGCCAUAGUAGUUCCGCAUCACCCGCCAACAGCAGUGCAGGAUAUCCUCCUCCAGGCCUUACGGAUGUGUCUAACGUUGAAUGGUCUUAUUUGGACCCUCAAGGACAAAUACAAGGUCCUUUCCGUGCGAGUGUGAUGCAAAAAUGGCACGACGAAGGAUACUUUACUGCUGAUCUACUUAUGAGACGUACACACCUCGACACCGACUGGAUGUCCGUAGGCGAACUGAUUCGUCGUGUCGGUGGUCCCCAGAUAUUCCUGACCCCAAUAAUCCCAGCUCUCCCUCCUGGCUUAUCUCGUCAUGUUGAUUCUCCUCAGCAUAUGUACGCCAUUUCUCAAGAUCAGUUCAACGUUCCGUUCCAGCCUGCUCCCAUCCGUUCACUACGCAGUUCGACCCUGGACAGUUACUUGGGGAGUUCUAACCUGUCGGAAUCCCCCACUUCAUCGUUGGGAGCGGGCCGAUACAGUAACGGAUCUCCGGAUCCCAGUGCCUUCGGAGGUCAUGCUGGAAAUUUCAUUUCACCCGACCCGGGUCGAAGAAAUAAUUUUGCCGAUGGCGGCAUGGAUCACAGAUCAUACGGGCAAUUCACACCAAAUAGAACCUCCACCGUGGAUAACACAUACUUGGUAAAUGGUUCGUUCAGUUCCAGCCCUUGGCUAAGUUCUACCGGCAAUGCCGUCGCCAUCAGCUCUGGCUUCGACUCGGGGCGAGCCUCAGUGGAACUACCGUCAUCAUUCCACAAUAAUGGACUGGGGUCCUCUUUACCCGGCGGUUUUGGGCCUGUCGCGUCUCAAGAUAACCUGCAUACCACUAACGCUUUUGGAGGAGGUACUGACUUCCGCUCGCUGGACCCUGUCCCAGAUGCUUCCCCUCCGCCGACGUUUAACAGUUACAAUGCAUUCCCUAACCAGACAUUCGUCCUGCAGCCGUCUGAGUCCAUCGCCACCCGCAUACCCCAACAGCCGAUACCAGACAACAGUUCUACUACUCCUGUAUCACCAUGGGGAAAUAUUCAAGAUGUACCAGCCUCUGCCCCUCGACGUAGUGGCCCGUUCGACUCGAACCAUCCCCCGUCGACUAAUGCUUCACUGCUUGAACAAACGGUCAAUCCUUCACCCUGGGGCACAUCUGGGUCGUUGCCGCGGGCGGGCCUUUCCAAGACUAUUGAACCAUCUCCCUGGCCCGCACCUGUGCAACCCGCCACGGAAAAUAGGAAGGAGGAUAUCUUUGUUUCCCGCAGUCUCUCGAAAGACGAUUUCAGGCAGAAUAACAAGUCAUCAGAUAUUGAAAGUGCCGUUCCCCAAACCAUCGCGCAGUCACCGGAACCAGCGCCCGCCGAAAUGCAGGCAGACUCUCUCCAUGUGUCUUCUGUCAGAAAGUCUAGGGGAUCCAAAGCGUCUGUGCCAUCAAAACAAAACAUUAUCCAGCCUGCUCCACGACCUCCAUCUCCUAUAGCUUCUCCUCCCAUUCCAAUCCACAAACCUGCCUGGGUCAAAGAUGACGAUGCUGGCAAACUCUCAGGCGUUUCAUUAAGCUUACGUGAAAUCCAGGAGGUAGAGGCCAGGCAGGCAGAUGCUCGCAAAGCCGCCGAGAGGGAACGCGCCCGUGCCGCCGCAUCUGCCUCAGCUGCCAACGAUGAGAUUCAACCAUUUGUUACUUCAUGGGGACUCCCUACAUCUCAGGCCGGUUCGCGCACAAGCAAUGCCCAGAUCAAGGAAACUACCUCGACGUCAGCUCCGGUCCCGACUGUUGUGCAACCCGUUUGGAUGACAACUGCAAAGGUUCCAACAACGAAGAAAACGAUGAAGGAGAUUCAAGAAGAAGAAGAGAAACGCAGGAAGAUGGCCGCGAAGGAGACAGCAGCUUCUGUAGCUUCCCGAAGGGCUUACGCGGAAACUACUGUUAAGAGUCCUGUUACUCUAGGUGGGGGAGCUUGGACAACUGUGGGACCUAGCGGUAAAUCCGCCCCUCCUCCGGCUGCUCCCGUUCGGACGCCUGUACCUUCGGCGGCAUCAUCAGCAGCUGUUCCCCGAGCUAAUGGCUCUCCAACUGCGAUUCGACCGGCACCGACGCCAGCACCUAAACCCGCGACCGGAGGUAAGAUGGGGGAUUACCCGGUCGCCCCAUCUCACGAAUUCCUCAAAUGGCUUAACGAGUCCUUGAAAGGGCUCAAUAGCUCCGUCAAUGUCGAGGAGAUCAUGCAGAUGCUCUUGUCGUUCUCAAUGGACCCAGAUCCAUCAACAGUAGAGCUAAUUUCGGACUUGAUAUAUUCCAACAGCACGAUACUGGACGGUCGACGAUUCGCGUCAGAGUUUGUGAGCAAGCGCAAAGCUGACGCUGCUGCGAGAAAAGGAACAGCAUCCUCCGCGGCUGGGAUGACCAAACCUGUGUCUAUCGCCGAGGUGGUCAAGGCGCAACCGAAACCUCAAGCGUCCGAAUGGGGUGGGUUCAAAGUGGUGAACAAGAAAAAGAAGGGUGGUAGAUCGUAAUGAUCUAAAUUGAAGCAGCGCAGGUCACCUAAUAAGUUCUCCUUGAACUUUUGUGUUUCUGAUCUCUGGAGCGUAGGGCGUCGCUAAUAAGUGUCACGCUAUUGUUGUUGUAAUGUUCUGUACAUGGAUAUGUGCUACACAUAUGAUUUAAUUCGCCAC